CACCAAGGUAACAGAGCACGACUUUAUAUCGCACUUUUCGAACCUCAACAGUGUUUGUCUAUCCUUGCACAGAUGGCAUUUACUCUGCGCGUGUUGUUCCUCCUUUGUGGUAUCAGCGGACUGUUUACCGGCGCUUUGUCUGACGACAGCAAAAAGGACGAUAACUGCUGCCCCAAGGAUUGGACUCGAUUGAAUAACCACUGUUACAUCGUCAGAAGUGAUCCCAGGGAUUUUGCAGAUUCGGAGGAAGUCUGCCAACUCACCCAUGGCAAUCUGGCCUCAGUCACCAGCGCUGUGAAGAAUGUGGUUGUCUACCAACUGGUUUUGGAACAAAGUUUGACCGAUGCAUGGAUUGGAUUCCAUGAUGCCCUGGCGAACGGCGAUUUUCUUUGGACCGACGGCAGCGCCCCUGAUGCCUUUACUAACUUUGUCGGAGGUGCGCCUGCUGACAUGGGAGACUGUGUGAUUAUCACUACAGCCGGCGAGUGGUCUGACGUGGCCUGCACCGAGGAGCAUCCAUAUGUAUGCGUCACAGACGCUUGCUGCCACUAACCCACACGUAUAUCUGUGGGUUGACAAUGAAAUCUUCUUUUCUUCUUCUACAUGGCAUGACGGUCAGUCAAACACGUUGGGAACUUCAUCCCACGUGAAAUAAAAAAGACAUUGUGAGCAUUCAAA